AUGAAGCUCAGCACCGUAAGCGCACUUGCCCUUGCCAUCACACCUGCGCUGUCCGCAGCCAUUGGCGAUGUCACCCCACGAGCUACACUUUCCACACGGCUUUUUGGAGACGCCCACGACUUUCCAGACAAGGUCAAGUGCCCCGAGACAGACGCUGGUGAUGACAAAGAGUUCGAGAAGGACCAAAUGGAGAAGACUGCCAAAGAAUGGAAGGACAAACUCAACAAUAAGAAGAAGAUCACGACUGGCGACCAAAAGCAAGGGUAUCCUGCUAGGUAUGCCAUUGGCAGCGAAAAUGGCAACGAUGACGCAAAGAAGUUCUGGGAAAAUACGAAGAACAUGAAGUUUUCGGAUGAGUGCAUGAAGGGUUACAUCUGGGAGGUUCCCCUGCUGAAGAAUGGCAAGGAGUGGAGUACCGACGGCAACAAUGGAGACGCUGGUCCAUAUCGACUUUACUUCCUCGCCAAGGAUGGCGAGGUCAAGUUUUGCGGCUCUGCGAUCCAUGUCAGCAACGACCGAGCCAGGGGAAGCGAGUUCAAGCGCUGCGAGCCUGAUGACUAA